AUGAUUGAAACUGAUGAAGCCAAGAGUGGUGCCGAUGGGAAGAACAGUAGCGACACAUCGUCUCCUUAUUACUUACACCCAUCUGAUAACCCAGGGCAAGUUUAUGUCAGUAAGCUGCUUAAUGAAGGCAACUAUGCGGAGUGGGUGAACGACAUGGUGAACGCUCUCUUCGCUAAGAACAAAAUAGGAUUUGUUGAUGGCACACUGUCAAUGCCGUUUGUCGACUCAUCGGAACUCAGUGCGUGGAUGUGUUGCAACGCAAUGGUGAAGGGAUGGUUGAAGAGUUUGAUGGACAAGGAUGUUCGCAUUAGCGUACGUUACGCUAAGAGUGCUCGUGAGAUAUGGACAGAUCUCGAGGAGCGAUUCGGAAAAGGUAAUGCGCCUCGCGUAUAUGAACUCCGAAGGCAGGUAGCGAUGAUGCGGCAGGAUCGAUCUUCAGCACCCACUUACUACACCAAGCUGAAAAGCUUGUGGGAUGAAAUAGAGACGAUCAUGCCGAUGCCUAAGUGCGGGUGUGGUAAAUGCACGUGUGAUAUUGGAAAGCAGCUUGUUGAAAUGAAGGAAUGA